GUGCGUGUGCGUGUGUGUGUGUGCGUGUGUGUGUGUGUGCUGACAGGACGCUGGUAGACAGAAGCCAUCAGGUCCCAGUGAGAAGACCACACGAGCAUCACAACACUGGAUUAUUACCAGCAAACACCGGGCCCUCCAGAGGAGGGCAGCGUGACACCAACUCUCAUCCCGCCGGGUCGUCGUGCUGUGAGCGCCAUCAGGGUCACACCUUUGUCGACCAUGAAAGGAUCUCCUGACCUGAUUCCUACUGCAGGCCUGGACCCCAGCAAGGUGUGCAAAGGGAAAGGAGUGGUGACUCUGAGGGCCACCCUGGUGCACUUAGAUGAUGAAGGCAGCGCCGGGCCAAGCAUCAUCACAACAUCAAGUGAAUUCACAAGUCAAAUAAAUGGAGGAUUGGCUAAAGGAAGUGACGGCAUCAUAGCUGAUGUCCCCCGUGUAAACAACACACACUGCCAGACCAAUUCGCCAGAAAGCAUAAAAGAAAACCAGGCUCCAACGUCAUGUGACAACCAGAACUGUUUGCCAUCACCCCCCAGCUCCGUCUAUCCAUGCACCAGCACAGUUAAUCCCACAAUAGUCCUGCUGCAACACAACAGAGACCCCACCCCAGAAAGGGACAAAAGCCCCGCUCCUGGGAGAGCCUUGGUCAGUCCAGUUGCGGACAUGGACGGGAAAAGACUGCGACUGUCGCUGCACUCCCCUGUCCUGAGUCCUCUCAACAGGCCCAUUGUGCCAGUGAGGAACACUGAAACGUCCAAAGACUGGUACAAGACAAUGUUCAAGCAGAUUCACAAGAUACCCGAGACUAUUGAAGAAAACCCAUACCGCCCCACCUACAUAUUCCCCGACAACUUUGACAUUCGCAUGAAAUCCAAAGAGAACGGCCCUAACCCCUUUGGCUACUUGGAUGAUGGAGUACCACGAUCUCAAAGCGAUACAGAGGUUUGUUCAAGAGCAAGGUCAAUGCCAGUGCCAACACGGUCUUCAUCCCUCAAACCCUCUACUAAAAGAAAUGAGUGGGAGCCCCCAGAUAAAAAGGUAGACACCAGGAAGUACCGCGCCGAGCCCAAGAGCAUCUUUGAGUACGAGCCUGGGAAAUCGUCGGUCCUGAAGCUGGAGAGAACGACUCUGGAUGUAUGUCCGGAAGAUGUAGAUUUAGAGAAUGAGCCGUGGUAUAAAUUCUUUUCAGAGAUGGAGUUUGACAGAGCGAGUGCCCCCUCCUUCAGCCCCCUGGAAACAGCCUCCGACCUACAGAAGUACUCCUCCAGCAAGUCUGGACACAGCGAGGUGGAGAAGGACGGAGGAUCAUCCACAAACGAGCCCGCGGCUCCAGAAUGCGACCGCCAUGUUUACAAGAGUAUUCUGGAAGGCGGCGACAUUCCCUUACAAGGUCUGCGAGCCCUAAACAAGCACCAUGGCAGCUCAUCCCCCUCUAAAGUGGAUUAUAAAGGUGGGAAUGGCUGUAUAGAUCCACCCUGCUCCUCUAUAAAUAGUCAAUCUGUUCUUGCCAGUAACGCAAUAGCUAACCACUGUAAGAAUAAGAAGCCUCUUUCUGCUGCCAAAGCCUGCAUACCCCAAAUCCUGCCCUCUAAAUUCAAGCCCAAGUUGCUGCCGCCUGGUGGUGACAUUCAGGAAAGCAGGACACUGCCUGUGAGGCACCCAAAGGCGCACAGCUUCGAGGAUUUGUACACAAGUACGUGUGAUCGUUACAGACCUGAAGAAGAGGAGAGAGAUCUGCAAGGCCAAUAUUCAGACUGCUGUGCUGAUGGCCUCGGGGACGUUUCCCCUGCGGUUAAGAGGAGCGCAUCAGAGUUUUCCAGCUUGUACAAGAUCAUGCAUCACAUUCAUCGGCCCAGCUCAGUGGGCUCCAGCCCCCAAGGCAGCGUCCGCAGCCUCACCUCUCUCUUUGAAGGACCGAAGGCUGAUGGGGGUGAAAAGUCACAGGCCGGCAUUCCACGGGUCGCCGUGUCGUCACGGGUCACUGAGUUUGAAAUGAUCAUUCAGCGGUCCAGUUUGACACCGAGUCGCUCGUCCUCACUGCCCACUCUGAGCUCCAGCCACGACCAUAGCCCGCAACACUGCACCCCCCUUUACGCGCCCACUGCAGUGUCAGCUGAGAGCCUUUUGGUGAUCAACGCCGCACAGACAGAUGUCUGUGCUUCCAUGGAGACAGGUGGCAAGGAACCAGAUGAGGAGACCUUGUUACCAGACAGUCAGACCACGGAGCAGGCAGCCUUCCCCUCAGAGGAUGAAGGCCAUGUUAGGGCUGAGUCUGCUUCUUCCACUGACCCUGAAGUUGAACAGAUCUUCAAGCAGAGUUCUUUUGAGCACAUGCACUCUGCUGUCAUUGGAACAAAGAGUCCUUCCGCCUUGCCUCCAAUGUCCUUCCCUUUACACCACCACCAUCACUUGCACCACCUGAACCACCACCACUUCCCCCUUAAACCCACCAAAUGCAAAGGCUCCUGCCCAGCUUCCUAUACCCGCUUCACCACCAUUCUCAGACAUGAGAGGCAGCAGGCCACAGCACUGCAAGAGAAACCAGCGGCACCACCAGAGAAGAAGACCAUGCUACCUGGAAACCUCCUACUAAUGGGCCCCGCCCCCUUCAGGUUGCGUAAGAGCCCACACUCCCAGCAGCCUCGGAGGACGCUGUCAGCCACUAAGGUGAAAACAGGCAACCAGAGGCCCCCCAGCUCGUUUCCUGAGCUCAGACCUCUCAUACCUCAGCGUCUGUCCUCCCUGGAGGUCCUGGAGAGGCUGAGUAACGGGGAGGGAGACAACUCUGAGCAGCUGAGUAACGGACAGGGCUUGGACGCCAACGGGAACCUUCUGCAGCCGCUGGCAGCUCACCACAGAGACUUAUCCCCAGCACACGGAGAGAGCCAGGAUGAAGUGCUAAGGAGGCGUCAUGGCGACAAAGAGAAAAUGUUGGAGGAGCAGCGGCGGGUGAAGCGGGAACAGGAAGAGGCUGACAUAGCGUCGAGGCGACACACUGGCAUCGUUCCAACACACCACCAGUUCAUCACCAACGAGCGCUUCGGAGACCUGCUCAACAUCACAGAUAACACAGAGAAACGGAAAUCCGGCAUUGAGAGAACUCCAGCGAUGGCACGCUUCGACUUCAGAGCUGAAAGUCUAAAGGAAUUGCCGUUUCAAAAGGGAGACAUUGUGUACAUCAUUCGACAGGUGGAUCAGAACUGGUAUGAAGGCGAACAUCAUGGAAGAGUUGGGAUUUUCCCUCGAAGCUACGUUGAGCUCCUGCCCCCUACAGAGAAAGCGCAGCCUAAGAAAAGUGUGCCAGUGCAGGUGUUGGAAUACGGAGAUGCCAUGGCUCGCUUCAACUUUGCAGGCGACACGGUGGUAGAGAUGUCCUUCAGAAAGGGGGAGAGGAUCACGCUGAUUCGUAGAGUUGAUGAGAACUGGUACGAAGGGAAAAUCUCAGGCACCAACCGCCAGGGCAUCUUCCCCGUCACCUAUGUCGAAGUGCACAAACGACCACGUGUCAAAAAUGGUUUGGAUUACCCCGACCCUCCUGUCUGCUCCUCGCCACAGCGCAGCACUAAUGCGUCCCCUCAGUUGUAUCGUAAUCGCCUGACCACUUCGCCCUUGCCCCUCCCUCGCUCCCCCUGCCGCUCCGUGUCACCCGAAGUCCACGCUGUCUCCUCUGAGUGGAUCUCACUGACCGUGGGAGGUGGAAGCCCACCUGCAGCCCCAACUCCUCCAUUGCCACCGCUGCCCACAGUGUCAUACCGUUGCGGCGAGUACCUGCCCCCACCUUUCUCUGCCAGCCCCGUGCCUCCCAUCGUCGGCAGUCCUUACUGCAUCUCUCCCAUGGCCUCCCCCACUGCCUCACCUCUGCCCCCACCGUACCCGCCCAGGCCCAACUCCGCCACUCCUUUCCUCACUUUCACCCCUCCUCAGGGGGGGGACUUCCUGCUUUCCCCGCCCUCACCACACCUGUCACGCAGCAUGAGCCCCAGUGGCGGGCCGGUGCUGGAAGGCUGGCUUAGGGCGGAGAAGGAGUUGACAGAGGGGGAAGGCACAGAGGGGGAUGGGGGCAGUAGCCGCGCUGCCCAUGGAAACAGACAAAAUAGUCCUGCAGAGCUUGUGCGGAAUGACAUUGAUCAUCACGGACGCAACUCCAGAAGUCCGGUGAUGCUCUUCGACAUUCAUGAUAACAACAACGUGAACUCAUUUGCGGAGGCAGUAUGUAAUGAGAUCUUGAAUAUAGCUGAGACCUCAGUGAGGUACUGCGGCACCUUGUCCCGCAGCCCUCACGACGCACUUCGUAGACUGCACCCCCAUCCCAGUAAACAAUCUCUCAUCAUUUCCCAGCAACCCCAGUCCCACAGCAGCAGCCCUGAGCCCAACCGUCUCAACUGUGGAAUUUUCCAGGCUCUGUACAGUUACGCACCGCAAAAUGAAGAUGAGCUGGCGCUUCAGGAGGGAGAUCUCAUCAGCGUCAUGGAGAAGUGUGAUGACGGCUGGUUUGUUGGUACCUCAAAGAGGACGAAACAGUUUGGGACUUUCCCUGGGAAUUACGUGAAGGAGAUGAAACUGUAAAGCGAAGGAAUCUCAACCGUAAUACACGACUGCCUGUCAAGCUUUGGAAAUAUUUUCUAUCACGCAUGGCUGUGGGUUAGCGUAGUCAUUUAGCUAAACUGGCAAAGUGAUUGGUUCAUUCUGAAGAAUGUCAAAUUGCACAUUGAGGACCGUCAUAUGCCCGUUGCCCACACCUCAGCAUGGUGUGUACGUCUACCUGACUGAGGAUACCCCAGAUUCUCAGAUACAAGCUUCCAUCGUGUUAACUUUGCCAGAUGUGUUCACAGAGCACCUCAGUCUGAGUUCAGCAGCUCAGCAGAUUAUGAAUGAAAGGUGACACGUUGUUACCUGAACUGGAUUUGGGCGUGUCAAAAUGUGUUUCUAUGUGAUGUUAGGUUAGAGUAGCCAAGUACAAUACAAAGGAGUGUAUCCAUCUAAACACACUUUCAGAUAUACCGUAUUUUUCGGAGUAUAAGUUGCACCGGAGUAUAAGUCGCACCUGCCGAAAAUGCAUAACAAAGAAGGAAAAAAACAUAUUUAAGUCGCACUGUCGCAUUUUUGGGGGAAAUUUUUUUGAUAAAACUCAACACCAAGAAUAGACAUUUGAAAGGCAAUUUAAAAUAAAUACAGAACAGUGAACAACAGGCUGAAUAAGUGUACGUUAUAUGACACAUAAAUAACCAACUGAGAACGUGCCUGGUAUGUUAACGUAACAUAUUAUGGUAAGAGUCAUUCAAAUAUCUAUAACAUAUAGAACAUGCUAUACGUUUACCAAACAAUCUGUCACUCCUAAUCGCUAAAUCCCAUGAAAUCUUAUACGUCUAGUCUCUUACGUGAAGGAGCUAAAUAAUAUUAUUUGAUAUUUUACGGUAAUGUGUUAAUAAUUUCACACAUAAGUCGCUCCUGAGUAUAAGUCGCACCCCCGGCGAAACUAUGAAAAAAACUGCGACUUAUAGUCCGAAAAAUACGGUACCCCCAUAUUUAGAUUGUUUGUUUUUUUUGCUUUUAUUUUCUGUGUCUUUUACAUUUUUCAGGUUUUAAAAAAAGUCAUUAUUGGCUACUUUACAAAAAAAAACUCAACACACAACUACAAAAAAGCCUUCAGCGCCGUUUCAGUAUUGACUGCAAGUUCACUGCAAUUCACUACGGUGUAUCACAAAUCAUGUGCAUACUUGCAAACACUUCAAGUGUGCCGUUAUCAGACACAACAAAAGUGUAAAUAAUCACACGCUAUUUAUUUAUCAUGUUAUACUCCUUGUGUCAUUUGUGCUGGCACGUGAUGCCUCAAAAGUAGGUGGAGGUUGACAUCGUGCUCCAGUGCAACCACGGCACAGGCGUGGCAGCACUUAACUUUCUGCUUGGUCACUUAGGGAAAUUCUGUCUAAACAAACAAAAACACUGAGGAUUGAUCAUUGAACCUUUUCUAGCCAACAAUGUGUCUUAAAAAAUAAUGAUUCAAUGAGAUUGUAUGACCCAGAUGUGUAAAGAAACUUCAAGAGGCCUUUUUGUAUUUUAAAAAGCAAUGACAGUGUUUCCCAUACAUAUAUUUAUUUGUGGCGGCCCACCACAAAUACAUUUGUGGACUUUGCUCUUAAAGUCAUUAUAAUGGGACUGUGUGGGAAUGUGCAGGAGGUGGCAUCGUGACAGUGCUUCUUAACACAGUGUUUUGCCAGAGAAUAAAAAUAUAUAGAAGGAGGGUAAAAUGUUGCCAAUUUAGCGACUAAAAAGCAACCAAACCAGUGACUUUUUUUCUGUGCGUUAAUGGACACUUUCCAUAUCGCUAGUCUUACUGUGACAACCCCACCCCAGGCCGCUCUGUCUUAUUUGUGACAUUAAAAAGUAAUCCAAAAAAAAGCAAUAGAAGAAAUGUACUUUGCAUUUAUAAUAGUGUUGUCAAACAAAAAAUACAAUGUAUCUGUUCAAUCACACUUCUGAAUUUUGAAUAAUCGUGAUUAAUCGCAGUAGAUUAUUGCUUGCGUAGGUCAAAUUAACAUUGAAAAUAAAAACUAUUGUCAGAAUGUUAUACCCGCACAUUAAAAAAAAAUAAAAACUUGAAUGCACUACAUUUAUUUUCUCAAAACUGGGUAGCAGUUUUAUCUAAAGUCCUGUCAGGGUUUAUUUUGAAAGAAAAUGUUCCACCGAGCACACCAGUCAGAGUAUAGCAACUGUGCACAGAGUAACUUCCUGUUCAGUGCAUACCAAGUUUCAAAAUAAAAGCAUGGUAGCAUUUACUUGGAUUCUACCACUGCCAUAACAAAAUGGACCUUAUAUAGCACCGCCUUUCAUGUAACAAUCCGUAAAAUAAAUUCCAUCCAUCCAUCCAUCUUCUUCCGCUUAUCCGAGGUCGGGUCGCGGGGGCAGCAGCCUAAGCAGGGAAGCCCAGAUUUCCCUCUCCCCAGCCACUUCGUCCAGCUCUUCCUGUGGGACCCCGAGGCGUUCCCAGGCCAGCCGAGAGACAUAGUCUUCCCAACGUGUCCUGGGUCUUCCCCGCGGCCUCCUACCGGUCGGACGUGCCCUAAACACCUCCCUAGGGAGGCGUUCGGGUGGCAUCCUAACCAGAUGCCCGAACCACCUCAUCUGGCUCCUCUCGAUGUGGAGGAGCAGCGGCUUUACUUUGAGCUCCUCCCGGAUGGCAGAGCUUCUCACCCUAUCUCUAAGGGAGAGCCCCGCCACCCGGCGGAGGAAACUCAUUUCGGCCGCUUGUACCCGUGAUCAUGUCCUUUCGGUCAUAACCCAAAGCUCAUGACCAUAGGUGAGGAUGGGAACGUAGAUCGACCGGUAAAUUGAGAGCUUUGCCUUCCGGCUCAGCUCCUUCUUCACCACAACGGAUCGAUACAGCGUCCGCAUUACUGAAGACGCCGCACCGAUCCGCCUGUCGAUCUCACGAUCCACUCUUCCCUCACUCGUGAACAAGACUCCGAGGUACUUGAACUCCUCCACUUGGGGCAAGAUCUCCUCCCCAACCCGGAGAUGGCACUCCACCCUUUUCCGGGCGAGAACCAUGGACUCGGACUUGGAGGUGCUGAUUCUCAUCCCAGUCGCUUCACACUCAGCUGCGAACCGAUCCAGUGAGAGCUGAAGAUCCUGGCCAGAUGAAGCCAUCAGGACCACAUCAUCUGCAAAAAGCAGAGACCUAAUCCUGCAGCCACCAAACCGGAUCCCCUAAACGCCCUGACUCCGCCUAGAAAUUCUGUCCAUAAAAGUUAUGAACAGAAUCGGUGACAAAGGGCAGCCUUGGCGGAGUCCAACCCUCACUGGAAACGUGUCCGACUUACUACCGGCAAUGCGGACCAGGCUCUGGCACUGAUCAUACAGGGAGCGGACUGCCACAAUCAGACAGUCCGAUACCCCGUACUCUCUGAGCACUCCCCACAGGACUUCCCGAGGGACACGGUCGAAUGCCUUCUCCAAGUCCACAAAACACAUGUAGACUGGUUGGGCAAACUCCCAUGCACCCUCAAGGACCCUGUGGAGAGUAUAGAGCUGGUCCACAGUUCCACGACCAGGACGAAAACCACACUGUUCCUCCUGAAUCCGAGGUUCGACUAUCCGGCGUAAAAUAAAUUGCGUGAUUAAUCUACAGUACAUGAUUAAUACGGACAUUUUUCGUGAUUCAUCACAUUUGAACUUUGACAGCCCCAAUUUCAAAACAUAUUUAUUUUGCUGUCCGUGCUUUUUUGCUCACUUUUGUCGUCCAUAAAAAUUCCCUGCUCACGCGUCAUUGCUGAUUAUGCAAAUUAGACAAUGAGGUAAUCCCCCUGCAAACCACCGCCACAAAUAGAUUGCAGUGCUUUGGGAAACACUGAAUGACUACAACUUUACCAAAUGAUAUAAGUAGUAAAAAUCAGCAUUAGUGCUAUAGUACUUGCGCAAUAAAAUCGACAAAUCAAACAAAACGUGCAAAAAAAGGAUGAUACCUCGUUAUCUAGCAAAUUUAACAUUGUUAUCAACCCCUCAACAAAGUGUGCAUAAGAAGGUUUAAGUCAUUCUUAGGGAGUCUAGAUGUAUGUAGGUAGGGCAGUAGCUGACAAGUAGCUGAAGUACAAUAAAUACCUAAUCACGCAUUGCCAGACUAUCAGUAGCCUUUUAGUAGAAUUGUACAAAAUGAAGUGAUACAUUUUAACAUCCAAAAUGUGUUGAUUUCCUGUUGCGUCACAUUGUAUUAUCUUCAUUUGUGCAGUGAGUGUCACACUUUUUUUUUAUAACAAGAACUUGUAGCAUCGUCCUCACCCAAGUUUGCUUUUGGGGACAAAAUGCAGUGUUUCUUCCUGACAUGUGUCGCACUGAAUACACGCUACUGUAUUAUGAGUGUGCCUGUAUAGCACUGAUGGAAUCUAUUUUGUCACACAUCACCAAAAGAAUGUUUUGCUCUCCACCGCUGGCCAAACACUCUCAUGUAACUUGAGCUCCCGGUGAAUGUUUUUAUUUGGGUUUUUUUUUUCCACCCUUGCAGAACUUCAGUAACUCUUGGUAAAAACACCUUAAACUCUCAUUAAGUUGUGUCAUAAUAAGUGUGUCAUAGCACGUCACAGAAUGUAUGGAUAAAUGAUAUGUGUGGAAGCCUUUAUAAAAUAUGUGAAAGGUCGUCUGCAGCAAUAGAAGGAUUGUAAAUAUGUAAAAUAAGAAAUAGACUGCAUGUGACGGAAGCAUCAGAUGGAGCUUUUGGUCACAUGCAGAGUUUUAUCUACCUGAAGGAUUUUGUCACAGCGUGGAGCAUCACUGAGCACAGGAAUUUGAAUGCAUAUGAACAUUAUACGCUGCCAUUUGUGAGCUCAUAAUGCCUUAUGUUUGAUGCUAAAUUGUGCCUCAUUUUUAUGUUUUUUGUUCCUGAAAUGUUAUCCGUGACAUAUUUAAUGUAACAAUCAGGGCCGGCUCCUGGCAUAAACAUUACCAGAAAGGCUUUGGCGACGUUCGAGUCCAUUUAGAUUGUAUUUUUUCAUCAAUGAAAUUUGGAGCCCAGAAAGGUUCAAUUUGAGUAGUAACUUAUAAAAUCAAACCUUAGCAAUGUUAAAGACAGAAAUUGGGCCAUGACAAAAAGCCUAGAGCCGGCACUGGUAACAACGGUUUGCCCAUUAAGUCCUAGUCACUUGUGAUGGAACUACAUUCACUGGGAACUCGUCAAUUAUAAAUAUCUAAAGUGUGACAUUGUGCGACAACUUUAUGACUAAUAAUGUUGACGAUUGAAUUAGUUUAAGACGCACGACCCGCCACACGUUUGCUUUGUUUGCUUCAAUCUUGCAGUGUUGUUACAUUGGCAAUAUCUAAAUAAAGAUGCUAUACACUGCUGUGACUUUGGUAUUAUGCAAUAUUUAAUAAACCAUU